AGAUCCCUCAGUGUGCGGGCUGCAGUCAGCACAUCCUGGAUAAGUUCAUCCUGAAGGUGUUGGACCGACACUGGCACUCCAAGUGCCUGAAGUGCGCGGACUGUCACACUCCGCUGGCCGACAAAUGCUUCUCCCGGGCGGGCAGCGUCUACUGCAAGGAGGACUUCUUCAAGCGCUUUGGAACAAAGUGUGCGUCAUGCCAACAGGGCAUCCCUCCGACGCAGGUGGUGCGAAAGGCGCAGGACUUUGUGUAUCACCUGCACUGCUUCGCCUGCAUCAUGUGCAGCAGGCAGCUGGCCACCGGGGACGAGUUUUACCUCAUGGAGGACGGCAGGCUGGUGUGCAAGGUGGAUUAUGAGACGGCCAAACAGAAUGAUGACUCGGAGGCGGGGACCAAGCGACCGAGGACCACCAUCACCGCUAAGCAGCUGGAGACCCUAAAAAGUGCCUACAAGAACUCGCCGAAGCCGGCACGCCACGUCCGAGAGCAGCUGUCCUCAGAGACGGGGCUGGACAUGAGAGUCGUGCAGGUUUGGUUUCAGAACCGGCGAGCCAAGGAGAAGCGUUUGAAGAAAGAUGCGGGUCGGCACCGCUGGACCCAGUUUUAUAAAAGUGUCAAACGCAGCCGGGGAGGAACCAAAGUGGAGAAGGAGAGCUCAGCCGACGACGCAGGACUUAGCGACAGCGAACUGAGCUUCAGAGACGACCAAGUCCUGUCAGACCUGAGCCACGCCAAUGGCCUGUACGGGAGUGUCGGCGACGUGACCGGCGGCGCGGUGCUGAACGGCAGCUUCUCCAUCGACACGGCGGGACAAUCCUACCACGACAUCCGAGCAGGAAGUCCUUACGGCCUCCCUCAGUCGCCCUCGUCCAUCACCUCCCUGCCCGGUCACACGCCUCUCCUCAACAACCUGGGCUUUUCAAUGGACAGUCUGGUGGCGCAGGGGGGGCCCGGCGGUGUGGGACAGGCUCUGAGGGCCAUGGCCGGGGGCCCCACCUCAGAUCUCUCCACAGGCAGCAGUACGGGAUACCCGGACUUCCCCACCAGUCCGGCCUCAUGGCUGGAUGAGAUGGACCAUUCCCAGUUUUGAAAACUCAGCUUUCAUCAAAACAGACUUUGAUUAUUCCUUUGUUGUUUUUUUUAACUUGUAUUUCUUUGAAUGAGCCUUCAUGACUGGUUUGUUUUGAAAUGUUUUGUUGAAAAAAACAAGGAUAGAGGAGUUUCAGUUGUGCAAACUGGAUAAAAGCAGUGAACUGUUGAAUGUUCAACACAAUCAUUAUUAUUUUCUUGUGAUUGUCAAAGUUUUCUUUGCUUCACUCAAUGAAAGUGAGACUGAAUGGGUGGAUCAUUACACGAUGCCAUCCCUAGAAUAAAACACACCAUCCCUGAAGACAAGAUCACAGCUGCAGUCUAGAUCAAACCCCCCCCCCCCCACUUCCCCCGUAGACCCAGAAGACAACUGCAUGCUUCUGAUUCAAUCUAACUGCUGUCUGGUCAUUUCAGAGCCUUUACGUUGGCAUUGCACUUUACUCUCCUCUUCUUUCUCUACAUGAACGGACAGGAAUCCAGGGGAGAGAGAAAUAUGCACAAGGCAAAAAAACAAAACAAAAUAAAAAAAAGCUAAACAGUGUUUCACUCUGAGAGAAAUUUACAAGAGCAGAGGCACAAGUGUGAAUUUUGAAACAUGCUCAUGGUUUUUUUGAAGCUCACAAGUAUUGAGGAGAUCGAUGGAUGUUGGUCUGUAUGUCUGUUUGUCCGUCCUUUCCUUUCAGACGCCGUCACUUUCCGUUUGAGUUUGCGAAACAGUAAAUCUACAGGUGCUUGACUCAUUCUGUUUAAAAUAAAAGAAAAAAAGCU